GUAAGUGAAGGCGUCCGAGGGGAGAUUUGAAGCUCUGUCCAGGGCUGGCUGGUCUGGCCUGGUCCUCCGUCGUUAAGAUCAGGGUCGACGCAAAAUCCCUCCAGACGUUUACCUCACCAUCGCACUCCACCAACAUACAUACACCAUCGUAUCCUCGUAGUGACUUUUCUUGGCGGCCUGCGAUACUUUCAGAGCUAAAAUUGAACCCAGUUCGCGCCUUCAGCUCCGCCCACGCACCACCCCGAAGCAUAAUCCACCACGGUGCACCCUGACACCGUCGACGACCGAGCAUCCAGGCGCCACGACGCACUCGGCAUCAUGGAGUUUAUCGGCUUGCAAAUGAUGGUGACGCUUAGGCAGCCUCUGGGAACAAUGCUCAAGGGUACCGUAAGCGCCAUAGAGCCCGGCACCAGUCUCACGUUGAGCAACGUCUUUACCCUUGGGACGAAUCACUGGCUGCCUAGAGUCAUCAUCGAUGCCGCCAAUAUACUCGAGCUUUCCGAAUCGAGGGAUGAGGUUGUGCCCAAUACCUUUACUGCUCCGGGCGUUAGCCCCGUUCCUGCACCCGUCAUCAACCAGCCCUCCCAGCCAGCCUUUGCGGACCCUGCGAUCCUGAGGAUGGGAAAGAGGCCUGGCUCUGACAUGAGAAGCGGAAGCGAGAAGCAGUCCCUUCCGGAAGCCACGCCUCAACCCACUCUUGCGGAAACAAGGGAUCCACGGCCCGGACAGCCCGGGGUUCUGUCCAGCGUACACCUGACCGGAGGCCCAAGAGACGAUGUAGUGAGUCUCAGCGAGACCCUGCAAGAAUUGGACGUGGAGGAGCCGACACCCACCGCGAGGCGACAUGCGCCGGAGAGCAGCGCAGUGCCGCAGGUUGCUCACGAGGUUCAGAGUCAGUCUCAAAAGAGGAAGAAUAGGCGGCGAGAAAAGCAACGAGCUCCACGAAAUGGUGUGACGGACGAGACCAUCCCGGAAAUUACUCCUAUGCGUGGCAACGCAGCUAACCGUGGGAAGGGCUGGAGACAAACGCCCAUGUUGCAAAGCUCGCCUUCGUUCCAGCCCUUCAACUCGCUUAAGCGCGGCAUUAAGGGGAAGAAGGAUCUGCCGGAAAACGGUUGGGCCUCUGAGGAUGUCACGGAGGAGAUGGCCGAGUUCGACUUUGAGAACAAUUUGGCCAAGUUCGAUAAGCGCACCAUCUUCGACCAGAUGCGUAAGGAGGAUCUGAUUGAUGAUGCGGAUCGCUUGGUGUCGCACAACCGCCGACCGAAGCCUGGGACUGCCGGAGGCAAGAACUUUCAUUAUUCGGAAAACGUUCUCGACAUACCAUCUGCAUCCUCGAAUGCGCACCAAGAUUUUUGGAACAGCGAGGCCGACGAUGCGGCCAAUGGGGUUGACCGACUGAGUGGCCGUGAUGUCCGGAGUGCUCAGAGUAGCCGUAGGGCUGAAAGCAAAUCGGGGCCGUCAAGGAGAUCGCAAUCGCGGAAAGCGAGCACGCAACUCCCUAGCCAGCCCCUGAAUCGCGUCAACUCCAACCACGUCACGCAGUCGGGCUUCUAUCUUGUGCCGUCGAACAGACGCCUAGAGACCGUUUCGGCACUUCAGAUGCUCAACCUGGAGAACAUCGCGGCCAACGAGAUCGGGCUGACAGAAGACAUGAUGGCCGAGAAUGCGGGCCGGGGUAUCGCUGAGGUGACAUUACGGGCGCUCGAGGACCCUGCGAUACAAGUCCGAUUCGGUACUGGCGGCGCGAAUGCUCAGAACAACAGCCUGGCGACGUCGGCUACUGUUGUCAUUCUCGCCGGCAACAACAAGUCUGGAAUUCGAGCCAUCUCGGCGGCUCGUCACCUGCGGAACAAGGGCCUCAACAUCCUUGUUUGCGUCGUCGGCGUUGAGCGGGAGCGCGAUCUGCUCGAAGAUAUGCGGCAGCAGAUCCGAGUUUUCAGGAACUUUGGAGGUCGUGUGCACAGUAAAAUUGAACUAUUUGAGCAACUCCGGAAGACGGCUUCGACCCCAACAACGUCGGUAACCCUUAUCAUUGAUGCUCUUCUGGGCUUGGCGAUAUCGUUCGAAGAGCUGCGUACUGGCGAUCAAGCUACCGUCUACGAGUUGAUAGAGUGGGCCAACCGAAACGAGGCCUUUGUUCUCGCAGUUGAUGUACCAACUGGCAUCGAUCCGUCGACAGGCAAGGUCAGCAUCAUUGAUGGUGGUCGUCUCUACGUCAAACCUCGUUACGUAGUGGCGAUGGGUGCGCCAAAGAAGGGUCUGCUUGAAGCGAUGGCUCCAGUCUCGGACUCCGACCCAACCGGAACCGAAACCGCCGUCGCCGAGGAGGAAGACUGGAAACUAUUCAUCGCCGAUAUGGGUCUUGGCGCAACGGUGUGGAAGAAGGCCGGCACGAAAAUCCGGAGAGGCAUCGAUUUUGACGACAAAUGGGUUCUGCAGAUGCGGUAUCAACCGGCGCUCUCCCAGGACUAAGGAGGACUGCACUGCGCUAUGGCCGAUGAAGGAAAGGGAAAAGCAAGGGAUAAGAAAAAAAACACGGAGCUGAUUUAGGGAAACGGCCAAAGAAGAAAAAAAGCGAGUCGUCAUUUCUGCUGCAUUACUUGGGCGUUGUUGUCGCUCAAUGAUUGGAGGACUGCAUAUGGGGGGGGUGUGGUGGGAUAGGAGUUUGUGCUAAGCCAUCAUUUUCGCAUUCAAAGACGGCGGCCAUGGACUUGUAUGAUAUCUUAGGCACAGCAUUUAUUACC